GCAAUGUGUGUCAGUGUGUGUGUGCGAUCCCACUGUUAUUUCUCGGUCCGGGGUGCGCUCUAAUAAUAGAGCAGGCAGACUUCUCCUUUAAGGCCCUUCUUGUUGCACUGCCACCUCUUCAACAUAGUUUGUAGUAAAAAUGGUAAUCAAAGUUUUCCUCGCCACUUCCUCUGGAUCGACAGCGAUCAAAAAGAAACAGCAAGAUGUGGUCGGCUUCCUGGAGGCUCUGAAAGUGGAAUACGCUGAGCUGGACAUCGCCUGCAACGAGCAGAACCGCAUGUGGAUGAGGCAAAAUGUCCCAGAGGAGAAGAAGCCCUCCAACGGCAUCCCACUCCCUCCACAGAUUUUCAAUGAGGAGAGCUACUGUGGGGAUUAUGACACAUUUUUUGACGCAAAGGAAGACAACACGGUGUAUGCUUUCCUAGGGUUGCCCCCUCCUCCUGGCUCGAAGGAAGCAUUGCAGGCUGAGAAGGAGCACAUUAUGCAAAACGGAACCCAAGCAGAGGGAAACCCUGACGACUCAGUAAAGCAUAAUGGGGAUGCACAGGGAGAGGAGGAGGGACAGGCAGGUGAUGAGGAAGAAGGAGAGGAUGGAAGAGCAGAUGAUGAAGCCACUGAACUAGAAACAUCAAGGGGAGAGGAAGAGGAGGCGGCGGCAGAGGAAGAAACAGAUGAGGAAGCACAAGAAGAAGAGGAUGAAGAGCAAGAGGAUGAGCAGCUGCACUCACAGGAGGAAGAAGAACUACAACAGCUUGAGCAGGACCAAGAUGAACAAGGCAGUGAGGAAGAAGAAGAAGAUACAGAAUUACAAGAGGAAGAAGAGGAGGCUGAGUAGUUACAGUGAUGUCAAGAUGAAGACCAUCUACUGUCCUGGAGCUCCCUAUUCCAUCUCUGCCUAACCUCAGAUGCUUGUCCCAUCGUCCCCUCAAACUUGUUGGCCAGCAAUUCCGCCUACGAAUUCUGCACUGGAUUCUCCUGGAAACCAUCAGUUACAUGUUUGACCCAUACACCACAUAAAACAAUACUUUUGACUGCAAUUUUGACUUUGUUUUUAUAUUUCACAUACAAACACAAAUCAUAAUGAAAUUUUGCAUAAGAGCAGAAUGGUGUUUGUAAUUAGCAGCGUUUAUGAAAUGCAGAUUUCUUCAGUUUAAACACAUUUCUCAUGCUUUACUUUUAGCAACUGUAAUUUUCUAACCUUAGAAGAAAGUGACCUUUUCAAAAAACUCCUGGCUGUCUCUCUUGUAAAUGUUCUGCUGUAUUAUUCCAGCAUUGUUCCUUACUUCCUCCUUUUAUCAGCUGAAUGCUUUAAGAGACAUUUAAUGCUCCCCACAAGGAAGAACAAAUACUGCAAGAUUCAGACUAUCAACCAUUUUUACAAGUACCUCUCUACCUGUAUUCCUGACUAAUCAAUACACUUUGUUGAACAAAGAGUGAAACGUGUAACUAAGACAUGGAAACAACAGAAAAAUAAACAAUUUUAGACCGAUAA